ACAUCUGCCUGACCCGCCAUGGGCCCCAAUUUGCUACCGCUGCUGCUCCUGGGACUGGCAGGCCAGGGCUCCAUGGUCACCUUCCCAGAGGUGCUACAGGCCCCCGUGGGGGGCUCCAUUCUGGUGCAGUGCCACUACCGGCUUCAGGACAUCAAGGCUCGGAAAAUGUGGUGCCGCUUCUUGCCAGAGGGGUGCCAGCCCUUGGUGUCCUCCACUGUGGAUCGCAGAGCCCCGGGUGGCGGACGCAUGUUUCUCACCGACCUGGGGGGCGGCCUGCUCCAGGUGGAGAUGAUUACCCUGCGGGAGGAGGAUGCGGGAGAGUAUGGCUGCGUGGUGGAGGGGGCCGCGGGGCCCCAGACGGUGCACAGAGUCGCUCUGGACGUGCUCCCUCCAGCUCCUCGACUGAAAGAGAAGGAGACCUAUAAGGCUGGGACUCUGGCUGACGGCCCCUCCUCAGACACUGUGGGCAGUGCCAGCCCUGUGGAACCCACCCAGGAUGAGAAGAGCAUCCCCUUGAUCUGGGGCGCUGUGCUCCUGCUGAGCCUGUUGGUGGUAGCAUUGGUGCUGUUUGCGGUGAUGGCCAAGAGGAAAGGGAACAGGCUUGGUGUCCGUGGCCAACCUCAGAGCAGCAGAGUUCGGGGCAUGGCCUCCUCCUCUGUGGCCCACCACAUCAGUAACUCUGGACUGGGACUUGAUUUGCCAUCGGACGUUCCAUAUGCUAGGCUCGACUCACCACCUUCCUUUGACAAUACCACCUAUAGUGUACCUUUUGAUCCCCCAUCAGAGAAAUCCCCACCCCCAGCCCAAUCCUCAUCUCCCCCUCUGCCUCCUAAGGUACUAAUGUGCUCCAAGCCUGUGACAUAUGCCACAGUCAUCUUCCCUGGCAGGGACAAGGGUGGAGGGGCCUCCUGUGAGCCAGCCCAGGAUCCACCAAACGGCCAAACGCCACCCAGCUAAGCUGUUCAUCCUCCUGCACACUCACCGAGAACAUCCCCAGAACUCUGUGCAUCCAGCCAGCCAGACCAUGCCCUCAACCCUUAGGAUAUCAGAGAAGCUAGGGACUUUAGAUUCUAACCUAAUAUCUUGGCUUUUCUGACCUGGAAAGUGAGACUUAAAUGUGACUGAGGUGUCUUGGGAAUCCCCCAUGCUGGUUCCUCUGCCAUUAUAAUACUGAGUUAAAUAAACUCUGAAUGCUAA